UGCCCAGCCCGCCUUCUGCUACUCUGCGGCGGGAGCUUGUGUCUGCGCGGACCUGGAAGGCGGCGGCCGAUCGCUCGUCUAUCCUUCGCCAGCUUGGGAUCCGCAGAGCGCUGCAGCCGCUUACUCGCCCGCGCCCGGUCCCCGUCUCCGUCCCCGUCGCGCGGCCAGGGCACUGCCCCAGUUGCUCUCUUCACCAUGAUUCCGUGCGGAGCAGUGCUGACAUUCGCGCGAUGUCUGAUCCGGAGAAAAAUUGUCACCCUGGACAGUCUGGAAGACUCCAAACUCUGCCGCUGCUUGACCACCAUGGACCUCAUUGCCCUGGGGGUUGGAAGCACUCUGGGUGCUGGGGUUUACGUCCUGGCUGGGGAAGUCGCCAAAGCCGAUUCUGGUCCGAGUAUCGUGGUGUCUUUCCUCAUCGCUGCCCUGGCUUCGGUGAUGGCCGGCCUUUGCUAUGCUGAAUUUGGGGCCCGAGUACCCAAGACUGGAUCUGCGUAUCUAUACACAUACGUCACGGUUGGAGAGCUGUGGGCCUUCAUCACCGGCUGGAAUCUCAUCCUGUCAUAUGUCAUAGGUACAUCCAGUGUCGCUAGAGCAUGGAGUGGCACCUUCGACGAACUUCUUAACAAACAGAUUGGCCAGUUUUUCAGGACAUACUUCAAAAUGAAUUACACUGGUCUGGCGGAGUAUCCAGACUUCUUUGCCGUGUGCCUCGUUUUACUUCUGGCAGGUCUUUUAUCUUUUGGAGUAAAAGAGUCUGCUUGGGUGAAUAAAUUUUUUACAGCUAUUAAUAUCCUGGUCCUUCUCUUCGUCAUGGUGGCUGGGUUUGUGAAAGGAAAUGUGGCAAACUGGAAGAUCAGUGAAGAGUUUCUCAAAAAUAUAUCAGCAAGUGCCAGAGAACCACCUUCUGAAAACGGAACAAGCAUCUAUGGCGCUGGCGGCUUUAUGCCCUAUGGCUUUACAGGGACGUUGGCUGGUGCUGCAACGUGCUUCUAUGCCUUUGUGGGCUUUGACUGCAUCGCAACAACCGGUGAAGAGGUCCGGAAUCCCCAAAAGGCUAUUCCCAUCGGAAUAGUAACUUCCCUACUUGUUUGCUUUAUGGCCUAUUUUGGGGUUUCUGCAGCUUUGACACUUAUGAUGCCUUACUACCUCCUGGAUGAGAAAAGUCCUCUCCCUGUUGCAUUUGAAUAUGUUGGAUGGGGCCCUGCCAAAUACGUCGUGGCAGCAGGCUCCCUCUGCGCCUUAUCAACCAGUCUUCUUGGAUCCAUUUUCCCAAUGCCUCGUGUAAUCUAUGCUAUGGCGGAGGAUGGGUUGCUUUUCAAAUGUCUAGCUCAAAUCAAUUCCAAAACGAAGACACCAGUAAUUGCUACUUUGUCAUCGGGUGCAGUGGCAGCUGUGAUGGCCUUCCUUUUUGACCUGAAGGCCCUGGUGGACAUGAUGUCUAUUGGCACGCUCAUGGCCUACUCUCUGGUGGCAGCCUGCGUGCUUAUACUCAGGUACCAACCUGGCUUGUGUUAUGAGCAGCCCAAAUACACCCCUGAGAAAGAGAUUCUGGAAUCAUGUACCAAUGAGACUUCGAAGAGCGAGUCCCAGGUCACCAUGCUGCAGGGACAGGGUUUCAGCCUACGAACCCUCUUCAGCCCCUCGGCCCUGCCCACGCGACAGUCAGCUUCCCUCGUGAGCUUUCUGGUGGGAUUCCUGGCGUUCCUCAUCCUGGGCUUGAGUAUUCUCACCACGUAUGGAGUCCAGGCCAUUGCCAGACUGGAAGCCUGGAGCUUGGCUCUCCUCGCCCUGUUCCUUGUCCUCUGCGCUGCUGUCAUUCUGACCAUUUGGAGGCAGCCACAGAAUCAGCAAAAAGUGGCCUUCAUGGUCCCCCUCUUACCGUUCCUGCCGGCCUUCAGCAUCCUGGUCAACAUUUACUUGAUGGUCCAGUUAAGUGCGGACACUUGGAUCAGAUUCAGCAUCUGGAUGGUGCUUGGCUUUCUGAUUUACUUCGCCUAUGGCAUUAGACACAGCUUGGAGGGUAACCCCAGGGAUGAAGAUGAGGAAGAUGUUUACUCAGACAACGCCAAUGCAGCAACAGAAGAAAAAUCCACCAUGCAAGCAAAUGACCAUCACCAAAGACACCUCAGCUUACCUUUCAUACUUCAUGAAAAGACAAGUGAAUGCUGAUGCUGGCCCACGGUCUUCCCACGCAUACCUUAACCAUGAGUACAUGAUGGUGGCAGGAUGCCACCAUCAGGCUGGGGUGGCAUGGGUCUGCUGUGGACAUGGCUCGCCUAACUUAGACUUCCUCCUCCACACAGCUUCUCUUCAGAUGGUGGAUUGUGUGUCUGGGGAGACUGCCUGAGAGCACUCCUCAGUGAUGAGUACCCCCAAAAUAGUAUGUCUGUGCGUGUACAUGUAUGUUUGGGAAUGUGAGCGUUCAGUGUUGUUGGUUAUUACUCUGUGACAUAAUUCCAGUGUGGUAAUUGGUGGCGUAUACUGACUGCACACACUAGUAAGCAGUAUAUGACUGAAUAGAGAUGUAUUCUGUACAUGUCCUAUGUGGUUGGGGAAAUAGUGGUGGGUUUCUUUAUUAGGUAUACGACCAUCAAUUUGGACAUACUGAAAAUGCCACCUCCUGUCAUGAUGUUUAACAGUGGUCAGGGGUGGGGAAGGGAUGAGGAAUGGGCCUCUUGUAUAAAUUGUAAUGCACAUAUUCUUCUCCUGCUUGCUAAGACAGUCUUCUUAAAUGGCCAGGGAGAACAUUUGUUUCCUCUGUAUGACAAGAUGAAGAGGUAGUCUGUGACAUGAGAUGGCCAAUCUUGGUUUUGAGAGCCUUGGUCUUUAAAUAUAACACCUCCACCUGCCAUAAAUGACAUACCCCUCAGCCCCAUGAAGGUCUCGGGAGACGUACCAUGGCCUGCUUGGGACCCCUUAAGCCAGAGAAUGAAAGUAGUCCCUGUGGCCUCCAAGGAUCAGAGACUUGCAGAAGAUGCUUGGAUAGGUGUCCUGUUUUUAAAAGAGACUGAAGGCAGAGCAGGCCUCCGUAUCACCCACAUUUAGUAGAAUGCUUCAGGCUGUUUCCCGUUACUUUAUACCUAAUCACAGCUCAGCAUCUGCUCCUUCAUCGAACGCAGAACUCAGUCUUUUGAUUCUCAUUUUUCCUCUGAUUGGAUGGAAAUGAAUGUGGUAGCAAAUUCUAUAUUUUACAGUGUACAAAAAAGGCACAGAUGAAGGGGUAUAGGAAAAUACCCUUAGUCCAGUAUCACAGGGCAUUUGAGCCCAGUUUAAGGAUUUUUGACCUAGCUUACCUCCGAUAUUCCUUUCAGAAAUGUUUAGAGAUUCCCCUACUUCCCACCCCAUCUCAUCAUUUACCACUUUUAAAUUUUGUUUUCUCCCUUUCUUUAUUUCUUUUGUUUGUUUGUUUGUUUGUUUGUUGAGAUGGGUUCUUUCUAUGUAGCCCUGUAACUCACUCUGUAGACCAGGCUAGCCUUGAAUUUUGAGCUCACAGAAAUCCUCCUGCCUCUGCCUCCCACGUAGCUGGGAUUAAAGACUUGCACCGCCAGUGCCUGACCACUUAGCAGUUUUUAUUUCAUUUGCUUUUAAAGGACCACACAAAGCCUCUUAACAAUAAAUCGUCAAUUACUUUCAGAACACAAUUAUACAAAACUUCGAGCUAAAUAACCAAACUGGAUUAAAAGCAAAAUGACCUUUGUAUAUGAUUAAAUAAACUUUUAAAUUAAGAUUCUCUGAUUGCUACACUUUUCCUUUAUAGGGUUCUCUGAUAGUGGAUGAGAAACCCCCAAUCAUACCUAUUCCUCAUGACUUAACCUUGUAUAAAUAAUUAAAUGGUGUAUUGGAUAAAUCUAGAGCUAGACACUUAUACGGGCAUGGCACUCCCAGGAGUCCACAAACGCUAGUUGCCCUGCAUAAUCCAAAGAGAUGGUUGCUUUCCCAUAGUUCUCCUAAGAGAUCAUUUAUUUAACUGGUGCUGAUUUGGCGUAAGCAGGCAUUCACUUGGAUAAGCAGACAAAGGUUCUGGGUUCCUGGUUGUCAGGGAUGCAUCCCUAACCCAGAACUUAGUGCUGACAUUCCAAAAUUUCCAGGGUGCAUGUGGUAAAUCUGAAGGCCAGACACUCUUUCUAACUGCUAGCUUUACAGAGAAGGAAUGGGAUAAACAUGGGCUAAAAUAGUCUGGGAAGGACUGUAGGCAUGAUCAGGAAUUGAUGUCACUAAUGGCUGCUCAGAGAGGGAGAAUCAGGGAUGAGCCCCAUGGUAGGUUAUCUAAUCCCAAAUAGUCAACAUUAAACACUUGCACAUACAAGCAAUACUAAUUGGACUCAACAGGUUACAUACACACACAGACAUACAUAUACUAUGUAACAAUAAUAAAGAAGAGGUUAUGGAUUUUGUAAGGAGUGGGAGGAGCUGGAGGGGAAAGGCGAAGAUAGAAAUUGUCAGAAUACUUUCCUCAUGUAUACUGUAACAAAAACAGAUUCAUUCAGACUGUGAAAAGCAAGCUGAAGUAUUGUGCCCACUGUGUUCAGUCAGGGGCAGAAUCUAGUUCAAAAUGUUCACACCAGAGCACAUUGGAAACAUGAAUGUCUUUAAAGACAUGCUUUCUCAGUGACCAUGCCUUUUCUUUCCUGUGAAGCACCAAGUGGACAGUAUGUCUGUGUGUAUAGUGUUUAUAAACACAUUAACAUUUUGUGUGUGUGUGUGUGUGUGUGUGUGUGUGUGUGUGUGUGUGCGUGCAGGGAUUGGCUAUCAGUGUGAAAGUAAGUUGAGUUUAUGAUGAGCUUUGGAUAUGAUAUUGUUACGUAGAUUUAGAAAACCCAAUUGAUGUGGAGAGAGUUUAAUGUUUUAUACUGAGAGAUGAUUUAGAUUUUAAGCUAUUUUAAGAUAUACAAUUUUAUAUAUAUAUAUGUUUUCUAUAGAUAGAUUCUUUAAGACAUAUUUAUCAUGUUUCUAAUAUGAAGUCACUAGUGACAGGCGCUUUGGAAUCUGAAUGGAGUGGGAGCCUUGAGUCGUUCUUGUUUGUUUGUUUCUGUCGCACUGCUUCUGAGGCACAGUGAAUGCCAGCACUACCUGCUCUUUGCCAACCUUGUCCUCCUACACUUGAGUUCAGUACACUUUGUACAAAAUGUCCUAGUCUCUGUCUUGGGGUCACCAAAAUAUUUUGUGUAGGUUUGACUAACGAGCCAACACCCAGAAUCUCAGAUGGGUUACACAUUCUAUUCGUCAUGAAGAGCAAAAGCAAGUUGGAUUUCUUCCUUUGCUGCUUAUCUUUCUUGCUUCUUACACUAAGAACUGUGCUGUUGGUGUUUUCAGUGAGAUUGUCUCGUAACAGCACACUUUAACUUUAUGGUCUUUACAAACAAGACUGGCCUGCCAACCACACAUGUAAAAGGAUGGCUAUGAGAACUCAAGUUUAGAGACUCCUGAGAAAACUUUCUAAAACCUUUGAGGUGAUCUCAAAUAUCUUAAUCUUGUUUUCCCUAGUGAUAAAAAAUGACAAUAAAACUAAAUAACCAAAGUGUUAUAAAUGUAUAUAUCAACACUAAUAUGUAAAAUCAACAUUGAAACUAUUGUUGAUGUUAACUUUAGUACAAACUAUAGUUGAUUUAAAAAAAAAAAAAAAAAAAAAAACAACCCCAGCUUGUGAAUCAUCUCCCUGAAGAAUAAAAGGUUGUCUAAUUUUAAUUUUUAUGAAGUAUUUGUUUCAGCCAAACUUUUUUCGAAGUCCCAGGUAGUUGCUUAAAAUGUUUUCUCGUAAAACACUGUGAGUCAGAAUUGCCACUGAAUUGUUUUAUAACUUUGAACAUUUAGCACGGGUGAAGAAGCAACGUAAUUGGCUUACCUUACAGUGCUAAGGAUUCAGAAGGAAUGCUGGCACCUUACCUUCUCCCUUCUUACAUCUAGGAUGCGUGCGUGCGUGCGUGGUGAUGGUGUAUCCCCGAAUCGCCACCUAGAUGCUGAAGUUGUACUUUCUCUUGCUCCCUGACAGCCCUGCUAGGGAUUUCUCCAACUGCACUUUAAAUGAUAGUCCUCAAAAUACAAUGUCAGCAGCACUUUAGGAGGGUGGGUUUAGAGUGUUCUUCACGGAUUAUUCUCAAUCACCUAAUAUGUAGGGCUUAGGGCUGGUUAGAUAAGUGACAUUAACUGUCCAUUUUGCUAGUACCAAAAUAGUGCCUUCUAUGGGAAGUGCCUUCUGUACAUUUUCUAUUUUAUAUAUCAAGGGAAAGUGCUGAAAUUCAUGUAGCCAACAGUGCCAGCAAAGAUCACCUUAGCUCUACAUGUGAAAAUAAGGCUUCUAGACUCGAUUGUUUAGCUAAGACUUUGUUUUCCUUGCAUACUUAAAGAAUUUAAGAUAGCUUUGUGGAUUUUAAGAGGCCUGCUUCUACAGUUGUAUUCCUGGUGUAGGUGUUGGCUUUUGUAGUAUCCAGGAUUGUUUAUAUUCACACAGUUUGGGCUUACUGGUCUCAGAUGUAUUCUGUUAUGUAAGCAUAAGCGAUUUUACAACUGCUAGCCAGGAGCUCCAUCCCUGUCUGUUUUUACCCACAGCUGAAGCCACUGCAAUGGUUUCUGGACUCUAAGCAGCCUUUCUGACCACUGACAGACCCGUAGAGAUUACCUAGGACCCCAGUUUGAUGCCACAAGCCAGGCAUUCUGCAGUAUGUGGGCGUCUGCUGUUACACUCUGUCUUAGAUAGUAAGAAAGGAAUAAGAAGUAAUGAGUAUAAGGUCAUCUGAGAUCCUUAACUUCAGUUCCAAGUAGCUCAUGAGUAUAUUAAGAUGAAUACGGACCAAGGAAUACCUGUACUCAUGAAGGGGGUGGCUAUGCCUGGGAGAUGGCAUGGUAGGGUCUGGCCUGCUGUAUUUCCUGCAGGUGCAUAGCCUCAAUGUGAGCAGUACAUCACCAAGACCCUGAUGGCAAAAAGCCUUGUGCUGCCUGCAGGGCGGGCUCCUGUACCCACACCUCGUCGAUAGGCCCCUCCUUGCAUGUCCACUGGCAGUGUGCCAAGUUGCUUCGUUGCUUUAUUUUGUUAUUGUUAUAGUUAAUAGCAUUUGUGCAUAGAGGCCUAAAACCAUCCAGAACUUCUCCAUCUUCAAAACCCUAUAAGUACCCUAUGGCAAGUACUUGUGCAAGUGUAAAGAAUGUGUUGUUUAGUAGUGUCGUUUUAAAUGAUGAUUGGUGUUCCUUUUUUACAUGCAAAGUUGGACUCUUAUUUUUUAGACUUUGUAAAUAAAAACUUUUGCUGCUUUAAUUGUUGUAAUGUAUGCUUUAUAAUGUAACCAUGUGUUUUUAAAUAAACCUUAUUAUGACUUA